GCAUCCCCAAUAGCAGUUCAAGAACAUGAAACUACUGCAAAGAAAAAGAGAAAAAGUGAAAGGUUCAAAAAACAAACCCUCAAUAAAGAUUCUCCUCAAUCAUCAAUAAACACUUCCCCAACAGUCUUUCCUGAGAUAGAGAAAAUUUGGAAUGGAAAUCAAUCUCAACACCUUCUAGCAAGUCCCUGAUGGCCCUUUCAAUAACAAACAAAUUAACAUCAACUUAUUUUUCAACUUUCCCAUGUCCCUUUUCUUUGUCCAAAUUUAUAAUUCUAUUUACACUUCCAUUUCUCAUUCCAAUACAAGCUCAAUCAAGACUCUGCAGAAUAUCUUGUGGUGGUAUUCCAAUUCAAUACCCUUUUGGCCUAGAUGAUGGAUGUGGCAGUCCAUAUUACAGACAUAUUCUUGUUUGUACGGCAGAUAUGCUUGAGCUUAGAACACCUUCAGGCAGAUACCCUGUUAAAAAUAUAAACUAUUCAGAUCCUCACAUUCUUGUCACUGAUCCCUUUAUGUGGAAUUGCCUAGACGGCAAUAAUUUUCGCCCAACUAGACCAUUUAGCCUAGACACUAGCACACAUUUCAUUCUGUCACCUCAAAAUGACUACCUCUUUUUCAACUGUAGUGAACAAGAUGUGAUCAUUGAGCGAAAAUCAACGUUCUGUGAGCGUUUUCCUGAGCAGUGUGAUUCGACCUGUGAUAGUUCGAGUUAUCUUUGUAGGCACUUACCUGAAUGUGCUAAUGGAUUGAGGAGUAGCUCUUGUUGUUCUUACUAUCCUAAAGCUACAGAGUCUUUGAGACUGAUGUUGAAGCAUUGUGCAACUUAUACUAGUGUGUAUUGGAGAAAUCUUGGUGUAACUCCGGCUUUUAAUGAGGUCCCUGAGUAUGGGAUUAGAGUUGAUUUUGAUAUUCCUGUGACUACGCGAUGCCUCAAGUGUCAAGAUUCCGCUAAGGGAGAUGGCAUUUGUGGGUUUGAUACGGAGAGACUCAAUUUUUUGUGCCUGUGUAACAAAGGAAAUAGUACAACCAACUGUAAUGAUAGUGAAAAUUCUCACAGGAGGCCUGGCGUUAUUGCAGGGACUGCAACUGCAGUAUCAGUUGCAGGGGCAUUUGGAAUUGGGGUUGGUGUAUGGUACUUGAAGAAAGCGAGAGCAAAAGCAUCAGUAACUCAUGGAGUUCAAAGCAAUGAGAACAGGCUUUUCUGAGUUCUGACCAUGUCAAGAGAAAACAUACUUAAGGAACCAACUUUUGGUCAUCCCUGGCAUCACUUGUAGUUGAAAACGGAAGAAAAAGACAGACAUAUGGAAAUAGUAUGCAAAUAUAGUGAAUAUUAUUGAACUUGCUAUGCUAUGUUCCAAAAUCAGCAUAUUUUGUGAGUCCAUGAUUUGAUACUCAAACUCCUUUUCCUUUGUGAAUCCAAGUCUGUAUCUCUAUAAGUGCGGGUUCCAAGAUUACAGUCUAAAAUCCGGUGCAGUUAGUUGCUUGUAUAGGUUUAAUUUCCGUGAUAUCGUGUUUUUGAGUUUGAAUUUGAAUGCUUCAAUUUGUAUCCUAGCUUAAUAAGCCACCUUGAUAUGUUGACUGCUACAUUAGUUGAUCCAUGAAUAACAUCAACAAGACCAUCGUUGGAAGGA